AUGAAAAUUGUUUUUAUUGCAAUUUUUGCUAUCACAUCGGCUGAUGAUAAUGAAAUUUUAAAUAAAAAUUAUGAUUUAAAAGAAGAUGGUUCAUACGGUUGGGAAUAUGAAACUGGUAACGGAAUAAGUGCAUCUGAAAAUGGUAAAGGUGGUGAAUUUGCAAAAGGUGUUUUCGAAUGGACUAGUCCAGAAGGUGAACAUGUUUCAAUUCAAUAUACAGCUGACGAAAACGGUUAUCAACCAUCUGGAUCACAUGUACCAGCUGUACCAGAUUAUAUUGUAAGAGCUUUAGAAUACAUCAAAGCUCAUCCACCACCACCAGAAAAAUAA